AUGUACUGGCUGAGGCUUUGCCCAGGCCAGAGGACUGGUACGAGCACCAGCGUAUCUCACCCCUACCAAAACAACAUCUCUAUGCUUCCUACGGAGGACCAGGUGAAAGCAAUUGAGGGCAUGAUUGACGCGACUGAGCUGCGUAUCCGCGCAAAGGAUGCCCCUAAGACUUUUGAUGAGUGGAUUGUGCGCAUGAUGGGUGAGGGCAUUGCCGAUCUAUUCAUGCGCCCUUACAACUUCAAGGUGUGGGCUGUCCCUACCACCAUGAUGCAGUGCAAGUGGCUCGGUGAGCGUGUCGCUGCGCCAAAUCUGAAACUGGUGGUUUCGAACACGCUCAACAAGAAAGUGGCUGGCAACUGGGGUCCAAAUGCCACGUUCAAAUUCCCUGCGCGUGACGGCACUGGUGGCAUCUGGAAGGCGGUCGCCAAGACGCUGCCGCAGGACAAGCUCCAAUUCAACAAGAAGGUCACCAAGGUGGAUGCUGCGGCGCACACAGUGCACCUGUCGGAUGGCUCGUCGAUCCAGUACAAGCACCUUGUGUCGACCAUGGGUCUUGAUUACCUAGUGAACACGAUGGAGGGUGUUGAAGGCACUCUAAAGGCCCAGAUGCAAAAGACGGUCAGCGACAAGCUGGUCUACUCGUCAACCCAUGUCAUUGGCAUUGGUAUCCGUGGCGAGCUGCCUAACCGGAUCGGUGACAAGUGCUGGCUCUACUUCCCCGAAGACGACUGCCCCUUCUACCGCGCCACCAUCUUCUCUAACUACAGCCCCUACAACUGCCCGCAGAAGGAUGCUAAGCUACCCACACUUCAGUACGCUGACCCUACGCAUGGCACGCCUUCGUCGGAGCCGCAGGACGGCCCUUACUGGUCGCUGAUGAUGGAGGUGUCCGAGUCGCACCUCAAGCCGGUUGACAAUGACAAAGUGCUGGAAGACACGAUCCGUGGCUGUGUGAACACGAAGUUAUUGCUUCCUGACAGCGAGAUUGUCAGCACAUACCACCGCAAGUUCACUCCCGGUUACCCGACGCCCAGUCUGGAUCGUGACGCAGCACUCCAGGAGAUUCUUCCUACGCUGCGGGACCAGUUCAACAUUCUCAGCCGCGGCCGCUUCGGCUCGUGGAAGUACGAGGUGGGUAAUCAGGAUCACUCGUUCAUGCUGGGUGUGGAAGCCGUGGACCGCGCUCUCUUUGGCAGCCCCGAGAUGACGCUCGAGUCGCCCGACUUUGUCAACGGUCGCCGCAAUUCGGAACGCCGUCUGUAA